UUCCGAUUUCCUCCUCACGCGCGAGCAGCCGCCGCCCGCCGGCGCCCGGCCUCCACCUGCCUGCGUGUGUCCGCCUCCCCCCUCCAUGGCUCCACCUCGCGCGUGGCUGCCGCCGACCUCUCCAUCCAGCUCGCCCACCCCUUGCGCCGCCGUCCGACGAGUUCUCGCGCUACUCCGCCCCUCCGCCCCUGUCCCUACUGUCCUCUUCGUGAGAUUGAGUGUUACCCCGGCGUUCACCGCGAGCGCGAGCGACACCGGCCCCUGAUUGGCCCUUUCCUGUCAUACUUCCGGUAUGCCAUGCUUGCGACCUCCCGUUCUGCCCCGAGCUCGUGGCUUUCUUCUAGCGGCACAGGAGCAACGCCAAGAGCGAGCUGCAGGCGCGGUCCUCUCUUCUCCUGCCCAAGAGUUCCAUAAGAUGGCCGUGGCUGCUGCGUAUUGAGUAGGCACUGGGUGGAGAGCUACUGUUAUCUGGUCAGUCUACGCCGUGUACUGAACUCUGAUCUACUCUUUCAGUUUCUCUGAACUACUUUCGUGGAGCAUACCUGUUGAGUUUCAGCUAAGAGAUUCAAUCAGAAUGAACUUAGUUUCCUGUUUGUUCCAAGUACGUGGGCACCUGAUAAUCUAGAACGGGUAGUUAAUUGUGAAUAAUGAUAUCUGGUUCUUUUUUCUGUAUUGAUGAUGUUUCUAUUUUUAUCUGAAUGUUAACAUUCAACCAGUGUACAUGGCAAUGCAUCGGGCCAUUUGUCAGAGUUAAUAUAGAUGAUGCAACCUAUACUUACAAUGCAGCAAUGCAAGCCAUAUAAAUGCUGGUUUAUGUGAAAUUCUCAAUAAUGUGCAUGUCUCAUACUAUUGCAAAUCACCGUCAGGUAGGGCGAACUAUGCACGAUGAGCAUUGAUGGUGUCAUCUCGCGUUUUAGAGACAGAGUAGCAGCUUAUAAAUAGCGCCGUGAGGAAAGUUGCAAGCUUGGCUUGGUUAAUAUUAUGUAGCGGCAAUCUCAUCACUCUUGUAUAUAUAUAUAUGCAAGAGACUUGGAGGCUGCUGGUUUCUUUGCAUUCUGUAGUAUGGGUAAUUCUAAUUAUGAAGCUGCCUUAUGACACAUGGCGUGAGCAUCAUUUUCUGUGGUUUUCAUCCGUCAGCUAGGUAUCUCUUUGCAAUUUAUUGGAACCAUUGGCCGCACUACCUUGCAUAUUUCUCUUUGAUUUGUCCAAGUGGGGUACUACUUACGAUAUUAAUUUAUGAUUUUCUUUUCGUAAUAUUUCUAUCGAGGAGGAGUAAUACAUAAGGUGUCCUGCAAUAUUCAUUAAGUAAAAACGCAUGGGAGAAACAUGAAUGCAUUGAAGAAAUAUAUUGGGAUCAAGGAAAAAUGUGCUACUUCUUGGCCAUAGCAAGGGUCGUGUAGAUGCACUCUGCUGGCCAUAACUGAAAGACAAGGUUGCAGGCUUGGUACUAGCUCAAAGCCCAUAUAAUGGAAACCCAAUUGCUUCAGAUGUCAUAUCUGGGUGAUCUUCAUGCGCUAGAAGUCGAAAUGAAGAAGGAAUUCAUGUCGCAGCUGGUGUGCUGACAUCCCUCUCUCAUGUCGCACAUGUGGAGAUACCCUGCGAGGAUUUUGGUCACGAUGCAACUUUUAGCCACACUGGUAGCAUGGUCGCAGCUGCUGGCGGCAAUGUACGGCGAGAAGUGUGACGAGGAAGGAUGCGGAAGGUUUUCCAUGAAACAAGAAAAUUAAGCGGGAUUGAAGUGUUCCAAUCUACGUCGGCGCCGCCGAUGCUGUCGCAAAUGGUGGUGCGGCAGUGAAAGACGGCACGUGCAGUCACGUUCAUGUUGGUUCGUCGAGCUGGAUCCAUGCAUGUCGGCCACAGGCCGAGUCAGCGCAGCGCACCGUGAACCUGACUGAAUGUCUGAAUCGUCGACAGACUGGACCAGAGGUAACACAUCCGACAAAUUCAUAGGUGUGAUUUGCACGGUUAGAAAAACUCAUGCCGUAGUGCAUCCAGUACAGCUUCAGCGGGCUAGUACACUGCAGAACUGUUUUGUGAAUUUUGGCACUCCUACAUUGUACACGCAUAACGUUUUCAGUGCAAUCAUUCGCAAAAAACAAAAAAAAGGUUUUCAGUGCAACAUCAGAGGGAAACGGAUAGUAUCCAUAGUAAAAUUGUGAUGAUUGUAAUAUGCAGUUCAGACAUUGUAUUGAGCUGACAAAUGCAUGUCAGUAGAGUUCCGGAAACAUACAUGCCAUAUUACUUGUAGGUUAUAAGAGCAUCUUUAUCGCCGCCGCGUCCCAUACCAACCCCCAUAGCUCUAUUGAAGAGCUGAUCAGAUUUUGGGCUCACACCAACGCAUUCUAAAAGUAGUUUACUAGUUUUGGAGACCAACAAAACCACCGCCAACCCCGUGCCGCUCCUACGGACGGACGUGGAUCGGGUGCGUCGGCAUCUCGUGACAGGUUAGAUUUCUCCCGUGGGACCUUUCUAGCAGCCACUGGCCCCUAAACCCUACAACCAUUCCCUAGUUUUCUCCCCCUCCCGUCCGCCACUUCAUUUUUUCUUGCCCGCUACUCCAGCUCCUGCCCGCCACUCUAGCUCUGCCCAAAACCUCGCUGCUGAUUCCAGCAUGCCUCCGAAGAAGAAGAAGGGGGCGACGAAGCCGUAGAAAGCCACGUUCAGGGAGAAGCUGCCGACCUUGCUCGGGAAGGAUUGGACGGCCAAGCCCCUACUUUGCGCCAUCGUGACGGCGGACCGUAAAAGUUUUGCGACGUGGGCAGCGGUGGCGCGGGUAUGUCUCAGCCUCAGCGGAAUGUAUUCCGAAGCUGGGAGCGGGUAUUACGCCGUCACCGGGCGCAUGAGCACCUCCCCCUCAUCGCCGGCAUUCUUCACAGAGCCUUCGUCGCUGUUGCAUAUGCAGUUCUCGCAUAUGGAGGGCAUGUCGGGUACUCCUCCGAGUUCGGCGAGAGCGACGGGACCUUCGAUCCCAACGCCACGUUCUCGCAGGCGUCGGCGCCACGACGUCGCGACUUCGGGUUGUACAUCACCAAUGAAUUCACCGAGUCACCGGGCAUGCGCCGCUGGUCUAGUGGCGGCGGCGGGCACGUGACAGAUGACAAAGAACUUCCUCGCAACAUGUUCAGCGGCGACGGCACGAACACCCGCCAUGUGUUCGAACGUAUUGUCCGGUGUGAAUAUGGGGAAGGCGAAAAUUUGCAUACUCGUACGCACCUGAAUGGAAUAUGUAGAUGUUAAAACGCAUGAGCUGCGUAAUAUGUCUCCCCUGAGAUUCAGGUGUAAUUCAUCAAAAUAUUGCCGCUGAACCAACCUGAAGAAACAGUCCAGGACUCACCAGCUAGUCCAGGACGUCAGCUCAGCCUCCGUACCGGUACGAGGAUAAGGAACAAUCUUCGUCACCGUGCUGGGGCGGUUUACACAAAAAUAACCCUUUGUUGCAACUAUAGCACAGACUGACCCUGCGGGCAAACUAUUUCACCCAUAUAACCCUUUUGUGUGGCGCCCCUUCCAUAGGCGCCGCACAUGGCAGUGUGGCGCCCGUGCCUGCGGCGCCACUCUCCCAGCCGACGUGGCGCCCUCGAUGCUGAGCUGGUGCGCCGAUCCGACGUGGCAGCAUGUGUGGCGCCCAUGAGAGGGGCGCCACACUACUCUUUAUAUAUAAUGUCUGUCUAGAUAUAAUAGAAGACCGUGGUAGCUCAAUCGGAUGAAGCCUUUGCUUCCCGGUCCUAGGUCAUGAGUUCGAACCUCCGCACCACCUGAAUUUAUUUUUAUUUUUAAAAAUUAUGCUACCGGCGACCGCGGCCUAGACAGCGGCCCUUCUGGCGACCGCGCGCCGCCGGCCUCCGACCCCACGUCGGCGGCCACCCCCAGCCACCACCUAGCCUUAGGAUCCGUCCCGCCCAGCCUCCUCCUCAGCCAUGAAGCCCUGCGCCUGCCCCUGCCGGCGUCGCCGUCGACGUCCUCUCUUGUCCCCACGGCGGAGGAGGCGUUGGCGGUGGGAGAUCCUGGCGCCGAGCCCAUUCCUCCUCGCGAAGACGACUCUACGAUUCCCCGCCGCGACUCUGGCGACGCCCACCGUUCAUCGAAUCCUUCCCUGUCCAGAGCGGCCGGCGUGCCGUACCGGACCCCAGGUGCCGAUCGGUGGUAAGUGCGAGCCUUGCAAGUUCUGGAUUACUCCGGCAAGCCUGUCCCCCGGGUUCAAUUCCUCCUGCGUCGCAAACGCCUUGAAUUUCUCCUUCACCGCCUUCCCGGACUCCUUCCUUGUCCGCAGCCAUGGCGGUGCUAUCUUCUCUUCUUUCGCCGCCUCCCCUUUCAUCCGCGACCUCAUCGUCUCGCACAGGUCUGUGCGGCUAGGGCGGUCGACGUACUUCCUCCACUGCUCCGUUGCGGCGGCGAAGCUCGCCGUGGCGCGCCUCCCGGCGUGGCCUCCCUGCUGGGACCUGGUCCUCUACGACGGCGCUGCGGAGGAUGAUGGUGGGCAUGCAGGUCGGUCAAACCUCCUGCCUUUGCAUGCCGACGUGGCCCUUGACCCAUCUGUGGACCAAGCCCACCAUCCCGUGCACGCGCAAGUGGUGGACCCCGGCCCAGACAGCCCACCCAGAGCGGAAGCGACCGGCCCUCCUUUCCCCACCCCGACCCACCUCUUUACCCUAACUGAGGACACGCCUAUCCCCUACCUCCGCCGCCCCUCUGCUUUUCCCCCUAGCUUCUCUGCCCACUCCGCCGCGAAUCUGGCCGGUCGAGGCCACGACGGAGAGGCCCCGGUCGAGGUUGACUUCCCCUCCCGUGAUGUCCUGUCUUGGCCGCCCUCGUUUUCCCCCACUCCCCUCCCAGAUCUCGCCGCUGCCUCAUUUUUUGGUGGCUCUCUGAUCCAGGAGCAUGGGCGCGCCGCGCGCUCGCCGGAGGAGACGCCUUCGGACCGAUCCUUCGCCUCCACCCGCCUGCACGCCACCACUCCGUCUCCACGGACUUAUAUGGAGGCUCUGCUCACAAGCCCUCCUCUCCACCGUUCCCCUCCCACUCCAAGGCGCUUGGUGUUUUCCCCCAUCAAGGGCAAGCCCCUCUGCUUCAGGUGCCUCUCGCCGGAGCACGGGGUCGGAGGGUGCCGCGACCCCCUCCGCUGCAAGUCCUGUGGCAGGUUCGGCCACCGCCAGCGCGAAUGUGAGCUCCCUCCUCUCUCUUUCUCCUUCCCCGCCCCUGCUGCUCCUCCCAUCGCUGUGGUCUCACCCACCUCUCCCUUCAGGUUUCGCAAGGCUCGCUCGGCGGCGGGCUCCCCAUCCACUCCAGCCCUCGGGGACGCUGCGGCGCCCACCCGCGACGGCAAUGGGCUGCGUCGCGGCUUCCUCACCCACCCCUUCACCCCGUUCCCGCUUGGCCGGGCCCUCCCCUCCCCCUCUGUCGCUUCAUCGUCAUCAGUGGCUGCUGCGUCCCCGUCGUCUGUGGCUGCUGCUGCCAUGACCAAGGUGGGGCACCGGGGCCCCCCACUUUCGCUCCCCUCCGUGCGGAUGCUCUCCUGCCGCUGGCGCCGCCUCGCCGCGACUUUGUGAAGGUCUUCAUGCCUCCAGCGGCGGGCGUGGCUCGCAGCCGUAGGUUUUCCUACGCGCUGUUCUCCCCUCCUGCUGCUGCGCCUGGCUACCUCCUCCGCCGGGCGCUCGAGGAACGUGGCGGGAACCCCACGGUUGGGCUGGCGGCUAGCGACUACGGCGCCCUCUUCGUCAUCUUCGGCACGCCGGAGGCGCGUGAUGUGACCAUGGAGCUUUUCCCGCUCGAGCUUGAGGGCCACCGCAUCUCCCUAGAGCGGCCGGAGGAGGGCUGCAACCGGUUCAAGUGGAGCAACUCCUGCUUCGUCCACAUCUCCGCCACGGGCUUCCCCCUUGAGCACUGGGACGAAGAGGGGAUUUGCACAGCUUUCUGCUCCGUUGGGAGCGUCUGCUGUGUCGGCCCUCUCUGCGUCGACGAGCUCGACUUCUCUGCUGUCAGGCUGGUGCUCAAGCUUGAGCACGUCGCGGACCUCCCCGCGGCGCUGCUGGUCCGGGAUGCCCUUGGGGACGCCUCCGCUCAGGUAACCAUCCGCAUUGUCAGUUCCUGGCCUUGCGCUGAUGAUGACGUUGCCCCUGGGUGCAUCCACUACGCCUCCACGCACAACCGCGAGCCCAGCCACGCCUCCGACGGCGGCCCACGCCGGAAGCACCUCAGCGACAUUGACUCUGGCUCCGAGCUUGGCCUCCCCCCGUCUCCUGCCCAGCGUCUGCCGUCGGCCUCCUCCGUCCUCAACCUCUGGGGGAGGAUUGUCGCGUGGCGGCAGGAUGACCUCGCCCGCGCGGCCGCCCUGGAGGAGAUGGACGGGCUUCCUGCCAACUCCAGCUGCCCCUCCCCUCCAGGCCUCCCGUGCCGCCAAUGGAUCUCUGGGACAGCAUCCUUGCGCGCCGCCUGGCCUCUCAAUUCCCUGAAACAGGGAUGGACGCCUCCCAGGUAGAAAACCUUGCCGCCCCCUUCCUUUUCACCCUAUUUCCCAACCCGUCCUGAGCUCGGGCCCCCUUCUCCUGCAGUGGUACGACACCCUUCGUGUGCCUGCCACGCCGCUGGUGCCCGUGGACGCGGAUGCUGGAACUGAGGUCCCUGAGCCGGACUCGGUUCCGCCGGAGCCUGUCGACGACCCUGCCGCCGCUAAGGAGUGGCUCGAGGCCUACCAGGCUCCCUUCCUUGCCUCUGACGACGAGCAUGAGAGCGUUGUGCGCAAUCAGCGGGUGAGGCGCAAGCGUGCAGUUGCGUCCGCGUUCAAGGCCCGCCGUAGCUCUCGCCUCGCGGAGAAGGAGGCGCCGAACUUCGUCUCCAUCCUCUCCAAGGCCAAGGCUAUCAAAGCCUCUCGGUUUGAUCUCUCUGAGAGUUCGUCGCGCUUCCGGGCUGCGGCGGAGGCCGCUGGCUUCGGCGGGAGCUCCGACCCUGUUCCCAUUCCGCUCCCGCGCCUUAAGGCGCUCGCGGCGGCCUGCGGCGUCAACCCUGACGCUGUCACCGAGGCCGCGCCGGUGGACGCUCCUGCUCCAUGAUCGGCGGCAGUCGCAACGGCUCGCUGCGCCGUCCAUCUCCAGCUCGCUGUGGACGGCCGGUGCCCCUCCUUCGUGCCCCAGUGCUGACCUGCUGUUGUUGCCCCCGUGUUUGCGUAUGUGUCGCUUGGGGCUAUGUUUUCCCCUUUUUUAUUUCUUUAUUUUCAUCUCUGGCCUUAAGCCGUUGUCUCCUAACAGCCAGCUCUGAUUUUCUGUAUCUGGCCCCGGUGCUUACAAUGUUAUCCAAUGAAUGGGACGAUUUGUUUUUCGAUUGGAUCUUGGAAUGUUCGAGGUCUAGGUGAUGCUGAUAAGUGUGACAAUGUUAGGGCAGACCUCUCGGUGGCUCGUCCUCAUAUUGUUGGGCUCUGAUACGUCCAAUUUGCAUCACUAUUUUGUAUCAUAAUUUGCUGUUAUUCAUUGAUAUAUUUCAUGUUUGGACACAAUACUUAUGUUAUUUCAUCUAUUUUGCAUGUUUCAUCAUUAUUGGAGGAUCGAGCACCGGAGCCAGGAUUCUGCUGGAAAAAGCACCGUCAGAACGCAAUAUUUCGGAAGAUCAACUGUGGAAGGAAAUUAUACCAAAAAUCCUAUUUUUCCAGAUGACGAAGGAAGCCAGAAGGGGGAGCCAGCUGGACCCAAGGUGGGCCCAGACCAUAGGGCGGCGCGGCCCAUGGCCUGGCCGCGCCACCUGGUGGUGAGGGGGCCCCACAGCCCCUUUCGCCUCCUUUUCUUCGCGAAAUCCUUCGUCCCGAAGACCUAAGCCACAGAGGGUACCUCACGAAGAGUUACAGCCGCCUCUGCGGGGCGGAGAACACCAGAGAGAAAAGAGCUCUCCGGCGGCUGAAAUCCGCCGGGGAAAUUCCCUCCCGGAGGGGGAAAUCGACGCCAUCGUCACCGUCAUCGAGCUGGACAUCAUCUCCAUCGCCAUCACCAUCAUCUCCACCAUCAUCACCGCCGUCUCCACCGCUGCACAUCGUCACCGCCGUAACAAUUUGGGUUUGAUCUUGAUUGUUUGAUAGGGGAAACUCUCCCGGUAUUGAUUUCUACUUGUUAUUGAUGCUAUUGAGUGAAACCAUUGAACCAAGGUUUAUGUUCAGAUUGUUAUUCAUCAUCAUAUCACCUCUGAUCAUGUUCCAUAUGAUGUCUCGUGAGUAGUUCGUUUAUUU